CUUUUUUUGUUUUCUCGCCUUCACACUUUCAGGUUCCCUUCGGCAACAUGGACAACGUUCUCGAGAAACAAAGAGCUGCUCACGAAGACAUUGAACGUCUUGAACAGGCCAUUGUGGAUCAGUUCAUGCAAGAAACAAAAACACAUAGGGAACGAUUAUGGAAUCAACACACUGUGGACAAGUUUUUGACUCGCAUUGUCGAUAAAAGUCAGCAGCUCCAUGACAUGUAUGAAGAUAAAACUGGCCUUCGUCAAUCCGAAAUUGAAGCGCUUUCAGGAUCUUCCGAAUUCAGCGAAUUCUACGAACGUUUACGAGUCAUUAAAGAUCAUCACCGUAAAUAUCCCAAUGAACCUGUCGAACCACCGGAAAUGGAAUUCAUCUUUAUCAAUCAAAAGCGAGACCAAGGCGAUGAUGAAGAGCUUGAAAAGUUGUUUUCAGGUGAAGAAAACUUUGGUCGAUAUCUCGAUCUGAACACCCUGUAUACGGAAUACGUUAAUUUGAAAGGCGUAAGAAAGAUGGACUAUCUUCAAUUUCUUUCAGAGUUUGACAAGUUCGAGGCCGUGUAUCCCAAAAAUAUCAAAAUGAGCGAACCGUAUCGAAAUUACCUCGACCAUUUUAAACAAUAUCUGUACAGUUUCUUCCGUCGUGCCAACCCUCUGUAUAACCUCACCGAACUAGAAGAAAAGGCAAAGCGAGAAUUGGAUGAAAAUUGGGCCGCUGGUAAAAUCCCCGGUUGGGAAGAAGUCGCGACCGAUGAUGCUGAUGAAAGUUUAUUCUGUGUGGCCUGCCAAAAAAAGUUUGCAAAGCAAUCAGUUUAUGAUGCCCAUCUGAAGGGUAAAAAGCACAUCAAGGCACAGAAAGCAUUGGAGGAAAAUCAGUCACCGAAUGGCAAUGGUGGGGCAGAUGCACAAGCCAAUGGCCACGGCAGAGAAGAUAAACGAAAAGCAGUGGCAUGGAAGGAAAUUCUGAUAUCCAAAUAUGCGGAAGCUUUGUCCGACUUCCUUGCGGAGACCAGAGCCAACAUUGAAAGAAAGCAGGCCUUGACAGAUAAAGAGCGCACUCUGGAGCAAGAUCAAGAUGAAAUCGAUAUUGCUGAUCAAGACUCAGACGAAGAUGAUGAAGACAAAAUAUAUAACCCUCUUAAACUGCCAUUGGGUUGGGAUGGCAAGCCGAUCCCCUACUGGCUUUACAAAUUGCAUGGUCUCGGUGUCGAAUAUCCUUGUGAGAUUUGUGGUAAUUAUGUAUAUAUGGGUCGCAAGGCAUUCGAUAAGCACUUUCAAGAAUGGCGUCAUGCACACGGUAUGCGAUGUCUGGGUAUUCCAAACACACGACACUUUCACGAAAUCACUAAAAUCGACGAUGCCUAUGCACUUUAUCAAAAAUUAAAGAAGGAAGGUCAGACGGAAGAUCCUAAAGCGGACACAAUGGAGGAGUAUGAGGACAGCGAAGGCAACGUAUAUAACAAGAAGACCUAUGAAGACUUGAAACGACAGGGCAUUAUUUAAGCAUCACAACUUUUUUUCUAAAAUUCUUUAAUCGUCAUCUCCAUCAAUAAAACUAGUCGAACCUACAAAAGGACUGCACAGUAUUGUAUAUGAAGCAAGUUGAUCUAGAUUACAAAAAGGCUGUGGAAUGUCAGAAAAACAAAUAAAAAAAGUAAAUCGAUGUAUGAAAAGCUAUGAUAGAGCUGAAAAGAUAGGAAAAAAGGAUGGAAGAAUCGAUUAAGUUACAGUACGCUCAGGUUGACAGAAUUCAUCCGAGAAGGGAAGAACUAUGAGAACAGAGACUUCAUUGCAAGUAUCAAAGAAUUAGGGAGAGCCAUUUUCACGUCAACAGAGGAACAUAACAUCAGCUUUUUUGAAUGCAGGACUUGCAUAAUGGUAUGGCCAUUCUUGGGAAUCAUUCCCUCAACUGUCAGGGAGCUUCUGUAAAAAUGUCCAAACUGCUGACGUACGAUAGACCGCAUGACCGUGUCAAGUGGAGACGCAAAGACCAG